UUGAGACAAAAGUGAGUUGAUAUAUGUUAAGGUUUUGCGAUGCUUUCCUACUCCAUUUGUUUUCUAUCUAUUCUAUCAGAUCAUGCUGGGAAAAGGAAGUAGAGAUAAAAUAUAUCAUAAUGAAUGUCAUUUCUGGAGUCAAAAGCCUGGGGCUUUGAACCCUGACACUUAGCAGGCAUGAUAAGGCCUGUCACUUGAGGGAUCUGUGCUUUAUUCUCACCAUCUGUAUAUGGACUUCUGGAAAUUUUGGGAGGGUUCAGCAUAGGUAGAAUGCUCAGGUUGGAACACACAAUCUUUACUAAAUAACGUAAGUCAUGAUUAUUCAUAAAGGGUUUUCCUGUGUCUAAUAUAGAACCUUUCAAUGAGGAUCAGACAGCUGAUAUUUGGCAAUUCAUUUCCUAAUGUGUAACUACUGAGUAUCAAUUUUCAGUCAGCUCCACUCUCAGUACAAAAGCACAGGGACUGCAACAACAUAGUUUCUAUUACAGUGCUCAACUCCCCAGCAAAGAGCCCAUCCUGCCUCCCUGGGGCAGGGGAGAAGAAAGGGCAGGGGAAUGGAGAUCAGGAAAACUUUCAGAGAAUCUGGUUUCCAAGGAAUUCUUAAUGGAAGGUAGGAGCUAAGGAUGCAAAACAGGGGCAAGGACAGAUGAGUGUUGUUGGACACAGAUGUGUGAAGAAAUAUACAACAUCCAAAGACUACAUAGUAUGGAUGGAUCCUAGGCACAAGAGAGAAGCUGGCCAGCAACCAAAAUAAAAAAGGGGCAAAACCCAUUACUAAGGAAGCUGUGGUCAAAAGCUUUCCGUUUGUCAGGGCAAAUGAACAUCAGCUACAGGGCUCUGAAGGGCUGCUAUGCUUCCUGCAGAGAGAAGGGAGGGAGAAAUUCAACGGAGGCAGGCAGGCAGGUAGGCAGGGAGCAGACUGGGAGCAGACAGAGAGUGCAGAACAAGUACAGGAUUGAGAAGGCUAGAGGCCUAGGCCUGCUAACUGCAGAAUGAAGCCCUGGCCACUGCAUGAAUCCUCACUCGGAGAAUGCUAGGCAAAUGCCCAAAUUAAUCAGGAAUUCACUGUCUCUAUAAAACAAGGAGAUUUAAUGUUCCGAUUUUCAAUGAGAUAACAGAUAAAACUGGAAAAAUCCCUUGAACUUUAAGGAGAAAAGAUACAUAUUAUUUCUAGAUACAUUUAGAUUCAGUGAAGAGAAAUAAGACUCACACCUGUAAAGAGCCUUUAAUAUUACACAGUUAACUCUCCUUGACACAGGAUCCUACAAAUCAUGCCACAUGGGAAAAAAAAUGUCUUCCUUACUCUGAAAUGAGCAUCACAGCGGGAUUGUUAAAAAUCUCUUAACAGUUCUUCUACACUCUAUCAUCUUCAUCUCUGGUAACUUCCAUACCUUCCCAGUCAGUAUUAAACCUGCCCCAAAGCCAUACAAGGAAUAAUCAGUGAAAAAGGAAGGAAGGGAGGGAGGGAGGGAGCGAGGGAGAGAAAGCAAGAAUGAAGAAAAUAGAUGGGAUAUGUACAACCCUAAACGUGUAGGCGUUUAAUCAAAUCAUCCCACUGGCAGGCACCUUUCGCUUUCCUUCAGUUCCCCUGGGCAGGGUGUGCUGUUGAAGCUGGUCUUCACUGAGUGCCCACUGAGGUCAGGUCACUGGCAGAGGCAAAGAGCCAGCUGCAGGCUAGUGAACACUUCUUUGUUCUGUCUUGAAAGUGUUCUCUGUCCUGUUGACCGCUCUUCCAUAGACUACCGCAGGAUGUUUUAAAUCAGCUAUCAUAAGAUCAGCAGCAGUAUCAUAGACUAGGAAGGCUGCCUACUUUGCCCCCCCAGUUCAUCACAUUUCCUUCCACAAGCUAGAGAAAGUGAGCUCCCCUCAGACAGGAUGACCAAGGUCAGCACACUUAGAAUUACACUCACACUGCUAUGUGUGGUUUUUCAGGACAUAGUGAUCAAUGAGGCAAUGCUGAAGGACAGACUAUCAGUCUAGGACUAUCAAAAGACUCAUGCAGGAAAAAAAACAACACACCACCAUGUCAUAGUAUACACAGAUUUAUUUAACUAGGUCACGGGGCAGAUAUUAUUAGCCAAUUAGUAUCACUGGAAUAAACAAUCUAACCUUAUCAUGAAGUGACAGGAGGCUGCUGUGUGCAGCCAUAAUCAGGAAUCCAUGUUUCCACCUGCCCAUUUUAUGGGCCAACAGCACAUCCUGCAGCUCUGGGGACAACUGUUCAGUCAACUCAAUGGAGGUAAAUACAAUCAUUGAUCAAGUGCUAGGACUUGCAACUUUGAUCUUGAUCACCACUGCUGGAUACAGAAAUGGCUAACAAUGUUACUACUCCCUCAACAACUCAUCAGGGGAAUUAUUGUGAUCUCUAUGCUCACCACAACACAGCCAGAAUCCUAAUGCCUAUGCAUUACAGCCUUGUCUUCAUCAUUGGGCUGGUGGGGAACUUGUUGGCCUUGGUUGUCAUUGUUCAAAACAGGAAAAAAAUAAAUUCUACCACCCUCUACUCAACAAAUUUAGUGAUUUCUGACAUCCUGUUUACCACUGCUUUGCCCACUCGGAUAGCCUACUAUGCAUUGGGCUUUGACUGGAAAAUAGGUGACGCCCUUUGCAGGGUAAGUGCUCUUGUGUUCUAUAUCAACACAUAUGCAGGUGUGAACUUUAUGACCUGCCUGAGUAUUGACCGGUUCUUUGCUGUGGUGCAUCCUCUGCGUUACAACAAGAUCAAAAGAAUUGAAUAUGCAAAGGGUGUUUGCAUAUUUGUCUGGGUACUAGUAUUUGCUCAAACGCUCCCACUACUCAUCAACCCUAUGUCAAAGCAAGAAGCUGGAAGGACUACUUGCAUGGAAUAUCCCAACUUUGAGGAAACAGAUUCUCUUCCCUGGAUUCUGCUGGGUGCAUGUUUCCUGGGCUAUGUGCUUCCACUCCUCAUCAUUCUCAUCUGCUAUUCCCAAAUCUGCUACAAACUCUUCAGAACUGCUAAAAGGAACCCAUUAACUGAGAAGUCUGGUGUAAACAAAAAGGCACUCAACACCAUUAUCUUUAUCAUUGUUGUAUUUGUUCUCUGCUUCACACCUUACCAUGUUGCAAUUAUUCAACACAUGGUUAAGAAACUUCGCUUUCCUCAUCUCCUAGAAUGCAGCCAAAGAUACUCAUUCCAGAUUUCUCUGCACAUUACAGUUUGCCUGAUGAACUUCAACUGCUGCAUGGAUCCUUUCAUAUAUUUCUUUGCAUGUAAAGGGUACAAGAGAAAGGUCAUGAAGAUGCUAAAACGGCAAGUCAGUGUAUCAAUUUCCAGUGCUGUGAGGUCAGCCCCUGAUGAAAACUCACGCGAAAUGACAGAGUCUCAAAUAAUGAUCCACUCCAAGUCUUCAAAUGGAAAAUAAAAAGGAUCAUAAAGCAAAGCAAACUGUAUCAUGAAUUCUGCAGGACUUCCUCACAAAGCAAAAUGACUAUUUGGUUUUCAAUUA